AUUCAGAGUUCCGUGGCGUAUCGGCACACCUUCAUUUUCCUCUCCGUGCCCCCCAAUCCCACCCAGUGCGGCGCCGGCCCUGAAGUAUCUCCCUGCCCUAGCCACAGCUGCCGCCGCGCCGUCGUAGCUUAGCUCCACUGCCGACGAAGCCUCCGCCCCCCAAGCAGCACACCCCCCGCCUCUCCCGCGCGUCGCCGCCGCAGCCGCCGCUCCCGUCCCGCCUCGUCGCGUCCCUGCUGCCCCAACUCCGCCCGCGAUUUCGAGCAUUGGUUGGUUCCUGAGGUAUGACCAUCCCGUCCUCCAGCGGAGCGAUGGGAAAGAAGGUGAAGGCCAAGCCGAAGAAGGCGCAGCAGCGGGAGCCGCUGGCCGACGCUGGAUCCGGCGACGAGGCCUCGCAGGACGUCGAGGAAGCGGCUGCGUCGGCCGGCGAUUGGGAGCAGUGCGGCCACUACAGCCGUGACGGUCGCCACUUGGACAAGGUCCUACGGGAGAUCGUGUCUGCCAAGCAUCUCGCGUCGUGUGAGCACUGCCGGGAGGAGGCCCCCCGGAAGAAAGGCGGCGGGGGUGGCAAGGAGAAAGGCGGUAAGCAGCAGAAGAAGAAAGGCGCUGCUGCCAAGACGCAGGCCAAGGCGGAGAAGAACGAUGAUUUAUGGGUCUGCUUGGACUGCGGCCGGCACUUCUGCGGCGGUGCCGUGUCAGAUACGAAGCCAUACGGCCAUGCCAGAAGGCAUGCCAAGCAGGACCGGCACUGGUGGGCUGCACGGUAUGAUAAACCAACUGUCGCGUAUUGCUUGUCAUGCGAACAUGAGGUGUCCAUCGAGUUGCCUGUAGUAGAGACAGUUGUAGCAGCGCCAGCCGUCGAGAAGGUGGUUCUUGGUGCAGUGGAUAGCAAUGCAUUGGUUUUGGCUAAUAGCCAUGGUAAUGUGAUUAAAGGGCUGCCAAAUCUUGGAAAUACAUGUUUCUUCAAUGCAGUGCUGCAGAGCCUCCUAGCGCUUGAUAAGUUCCGCAGCAAGAUGCUAGGACCAGAUGUUCCAACAGGAGCCAUUGCUAUGUCACUGAAGAAGCUCUUUGUGGAAACAAGUGCUUCGAAUGAUGCAGGAGGUGCACUGAGCCCAAAGAGCCUUUUCUCAAGCAUUUGCUCAAAAUACCCUCAGUUCAAAGGCUACCAGAUGCAGGACAGUCAUGAAUUGCUCCGCUGUUUUCUUGAUGGUUUAGGCACGGAGGAAACUGAAGCGCGGAAUGCAGCGGAGGAUGCUUCCAGCGCUGCUGGGGUUCCUACAAUUGUUGACUCCAUCUUUGGGGGUCAGCUGUCUAGUACUGUGUCCAGCACAGAAUGCACACACGGAUCUGUUAAGCACGACCAAUUCCUUGAUCUCUCACUACCAGUUCCAUCAAGGAAACCUCCAGCCAGGAGUGUUUCAUCACCACCAGCAAAGAGGACCAAGCAGUCCAUACGAGAUAGGAACAAAAAUCGCAGAUAUGGAAAGGUUGCUACCCGAGUGUCUCCUGCAAUAGCGGAGAGCAGCAAAGAACAAGUACAAACAGUUGCUGAAGGCAAUGAUUCCCAGAUUCCAGGUUCAGAAUUGGGACAGGUUGUCAGUGAGAAAGAACAUGAGCCCUCUGAGUGCAGUGAGUCAUGUGCUUCUGUUCCCAACCAAGAACUGAAGGCCGCUUCAAAUGUGGAGGCUGACAUUUCCUGGUUAGAUUAUCUUGCUGAUGCAGAUGAAACAAAGUCUGAGAUUCUUGAUUCCGCAUGUUCGACCGGAGCAGGACAGAUCUGGAACAGCAACGAUGCCGCCAUACAUGGUUCAUUUCACAGUGGAGAUGAUGCCUUGCCCAAAGAGCAGGCCUUGAUUUCUGAGCACUCAGGUGAGAACAUUGUUGAUGAUGCAACUUGUUUACAGACUGUGAUCUUGCUUCCUUACAAAGAAUUUGACACCACUGCUGAAGAAAUAUAUGAAACUGCAGAAAGCUCACAGAAUCCAAUAGUUUUUGGUCCUCAUCCAGCUGAUUAUCUAGCAGCAGAAAAUCACGCACAGCCGUUAUAUGGCGGAGAUGGGGAGCAAGAUGACUGUUUUGGUAUCGGUGAUAUGUUUGGUGAGCCUGAAGUAACUUCUGAUGCUAAGAAAGAAACUGGAACAACUGGAGAUAUUGAUGUGAUGGCUUGGAGUAGCAAUAGUGCUGAUGAUGAAGUGGAUGAUAGUAAUGCUCCCGUAUCAGUCGAGGGCUGCUUGUCAUUGUAUACUGAGCCAGAGCUGCUAUCGGAAUCUUGGCAUUGUGAGAAUUGUUCCAUCCCUGUUGCACAGCCAAACACCAAUGAAUUAAAAGAGGGUGAGGAGACGGCAGCUAGUGCCAAUGACAGAAAGGACAGUGCGGAGAUGAUGGCAAGUGGUGAUGAAAAACAAGAUGAUAAGGUCCCGAGCUGCAGCAAAAAGGAGGACAUUGAUCAGAUUAUGGCAACUGAUGGUUGCUCUGUCAAUGUAAAUCCUGACAUGUGCUGUAACGAAGGUGUGUGUGCAAAUCCUCCUUCGGUUGAUGCUGAAAACACCUCUGAUGGUAAUUCUCCAGACAUUGACACUACUGAACAGCCAGACAGUAAAACAUACCACCAGGAGUGUAGGAAUUUGAACAGCUCAGCAGUGGAAUUUACAUCUUCCAGUAAGCAGCCGCAUGACUUUGCGCAGCAUAACGAUGGUUAUAAUGUGGAUGUAGCCGCUGAAGAAACAAGUGCGCCAGUGAGUUGUGGUGAUAAUGACCCUGCCUCUUGCAGUACUACUAGCGACAAAAAGGUUGAAUCUGGUGGUGCCAAUGCUGAAGAAGUUGUGACUAGUAGCCUUCCACCUGAGACGCAAAGCAUCUUACCGAGCGCCAAAGAUAAUGAAGAUGGCUUCACAAGGACUAUCGGAAGGAGGAAGAGAAUGAAGAUGGUUGUCAAGGUACACAAAGGACAAGAUAACCAAAAUAAACAGAAAGAGGAUGAAACAAAGGUUUUCAGAGCUGCAAUGAGAAGAAUUCUUAUCAGCAAGGCACCACCUGUAUUGACGAUUACUUUGAACAGAUUCAGCCACGACUCUCAUGGUCGGUUCAGGAAACUGAAAGGGCAUGUGCGCUUUAAGGAGACACUUGAUAUACGACCGUACAUGGACCCAAGAUCGAAGGAUAAUGACAUCACCACUUAUCGGCUGGUAGCUGUCGUCGAGCACAUGGGAAGCAUGACAGGGGGGCAUUAUGUUGCAUAUGUAAGAUCUGGCAAGAUAGGGGGUCGGCAGCAGCAGAGCCGCUCCUCCAAGUCCUGGUUUUACGCGAGCGAUUCACACGUCAGAGAAACCUCUCUGGAGGAGGUUCUCAACUGCGAGGCUUACAUCCUUUUCUACGAGAGGGUGGCCGAGUAAGACGAUAUGUGUCUGGUGACCUACUCAUGGAUCAGUGAGUAGUUAGGGACAAGAUGAAUGUCGAGCAAGAGGUGACAAACAACAUUUUUUGGGGAUAAUGCUAUGACUCUCAGUUGGGGAGAGUUGUUUUUUGCAAGUGGACUUGGACAGCCAAUCGGUUCAUGCUGCUUACAGUGGGCCAUUCUUUGGGUUUUCCUUUCCUGGAGAGCAUAGGUGGAGGGGUGGAAAUUGUCUGAAAUCGGCCAACGGUUCGUUCAGAUCUCUACAAGGUCAUUGUUGAGCGUCCUCGGUUGUAUUGGUUCAGAGUGAGUCAGUCAGUCAUAGACAGCCUGGUACAUGUUUUUGAUAUAUGUGAGUGCGCCCCUAAAUUUUGCGUGAUGGGGGCGUAUAUAUACAAUAUAUUGUAACAUGUAGCUCCAUCUUGAGGUAGAAAUGACAUGUUAUUUAUUACCAUGUA